AGAGAAGCAAGAUUUGUGAAGACAUUCUUGUUUCUGUUUCAGCAGUAGAGCCCACUUCCUGUGCUAGUCAUUUUCAGUUCUUCCUGCCAAAGUAACUGGUGUGCGUACAGAUAUGUCUUCCAUCAUGACUGCGAUAACUACCAAGCUUCUCUUUUUUAUAUGCAUCAUUCAAGGUAAGCAAGGAACCCAGAAUGUCUUCAAAGAACAUGAGAAGAUAUUGAAAGCGGCAGUGGGACAGAACCUCACACUGCGCUGCAUCACAUCAGAGGAGCAUGAAAUAAACAUCAACCAGCUGGAAUGGAGUAGAGCAAACCAAAAACUGGUGGUGUUUAAUCCUGCCUACCCAAUUCACUAUGACGCAAAUGUCACAUUGCGGCUAAUAAACAGGACAGACACAGCUAAACUACAAGGUUCCGUCUUGAUUCUGAAUAAUGUUAAGAAGAAUGAUACUGGAGACUAUGUCUGCGAUAUCACCACCUUUCCCAAUGGCUCCAUCAAAAGAAUAAUAUCCGUUCAAGUCAUGGAUCCAAAGGUCUUCAUGGAGGUCAUGCCAUCAACUGGUAUUCUGAUAGAGGGGGACAUGGUGAACAUAACAUGUGGUAGCAAUCCCCCAGCCGACAGUUACACGUUAUGGCACUCGCAGAGUAAUUUGUCACUGAAAAGCCAGAAUGGAGAUUUCACAAUACAAAACAUUACUCGUCACAGCGAUGACCUAAUGUGUCAGCCCCUCUGGAACUCAUCAAAUCCACACUUACAAGGCCUGCGGUCAUCCAAGCAACUGACCGUGGACUUCCUUGACAGCAUUGAGUGCAAUUCCAGCAGCCAGAUACAGGUUGAGACUGGGACAAAUCUGAUAAUAACUUGUGAGGCAAUGUCCUCCAAGUCCCUACAAUACGUCUGGAAGAAGGGUAAUUUGAUAGUGUCCUCUGAUGUCACUCUAAGACUGUGGUCAGUAAACAUUAGCUGCUCAGGGAUAUACACUCUGACCGUUAAUGCAGAAAACCAUAGUCGCCUCUACAGGCAGAGGAAUUUUACUGUCACUGUGCUCAACAGGACUCACACAGCGCACAUGGAAACAUCACAGACCAGUCGCACAACUUUGACAACAGCAGGAACUACGAUCAUGACAUCACAGUCAGGUCACGUCAGCAGCCCUUCCUACAGCACCUCCACGAUGAAAGGCGCUUCUAUCAAGACCACUUCUCCCCCUGCUGGAAACAUCACCACGCUACAGGCACACGUCACAACACUGGGCUCGGAUUUGACAAACACAGCCACAACCUCUGCAGACGUUUCAAGAGAGGGAUGCUGUAAAUGGCAGAACGCUACAUCCAGCCCAGUGUCUCCCCGCAGUGCACACUUUAACACCAGUACAGUCACAUCCGCUUCCGUGAGCAAGAUUAUUUUCACAUCGGAAGGCACCAAAAAACUGAAGCAGACACAUGAGGUUUAUAUUCUUAUACCUCUCUUUCUUUUGUUGGUACUGAUCGGGUUUCUGUACAGGAGAUACAUCAUCCAAAAAAGAAUGGAUAAGCCACCCCCAUUCAAGCCUCCUCCACCACCAGUGAAAUAUACGUCAGUAAGAGAUCAUAACCUACGUAUGACUGAUAUAUUAGUGUGAUGGCUCCAUGCAUCAAAACAGAGCCUUCCUACUCUGGUGUGAUUUUUUUUUUCCAUGUGUACAUAUCUCUUUGAUAAAAAUUGCUUUGAUAUCCUGUAC